CAUAAAACGCGCGUGCAUCACGAUGUUGGACCUCAAUGGCAAUCCAGCGACCAGCUAUGAUCCCGUUCAGAAGGUCUGGAGUGGCUGCAGCCUGCACAGUCUCUACAACGAGGAGCUGACCGUGGGCCAGAUAAUCUUCCGGCAGCUGCAGCGGCAACCUCAAAGGAUAUUUCAGAUCUCGCACACGGAUAAUACCCGGUUAACGCGUUUCCAGAUGCUCCAAAAUGCCGCCAAGAUUGGUUGCUAUCUCCGGGAUCAGGGUUUUAAGAAGGAGACGGAUUUGGUGGGACUUAUGGCACGCAACUCCACGCAUGUGGGUGCCUUGGCCUACGGUUGCUUGUUCAACGGAACUCCAUUUCACGCCGUCAACCCCAAUCUGGAACACAAAACAAUCGCCAGUCUGUACAAGAUCACCAGGCCACGCAUCCUGUGCUGUGAUACUGCGGACUACGAAAAGAUUAAGGACAUAGGAGCCUCGCUGGGAGCUCUGAUCAUCACCGUUAACGGAAAGCUACCGGGUGUAUUAAGUGUGGCGGAUCUGUUGCAGAAUCCCCUUCCCGAUGACUAUGAGCCCGCCCAGUUUCAGCGAGGCGUCGAUCGCACCAUGGCCAUCCUCUGCUCCUCGGGCACCACCGGAACUCCCAAGGCGGUUACCCUCUCAAACAGCCGGAAGCUAUUCGAAAUGCACAGCUAUCUGGGAUCCGAUGAUGUUCAAUAUGCUCCCAGCACUUUGGAUUGGCUAACAGGACUCAUUACCCUGGUCACAGCUGCAGUAUUUGGCACAGUUCGCCUGAUUUCCAGUGAAAUGUUUAGUACGGCACACUUCCUGGACAUUUGUGAGCAGCACGAAGUCUCCUGGACCAUCAUGGCCAAUUCCCAUGUGGCCAUGUUGGCCAAUUGCCCAAAAACCAGUGCUCAAAAACUGAGAAGCCUCAAGCAUCUACUCUUUGCUGGAGGUCAUUGUUUGGUGGCAACCUUAAAGAAGAUGCAGUCCUUCCUGCACGGAUCGGGUAUCCUAAGAAAUGCCUAUGGCUUGACCGAGGUGGGAACACUGGUAUCCUAUAACUACGACACCCAAUCCAAGCCCACAUCUGUGGGCCGCCUGAUGGCAAACAUUCGAGUGAAAAUUGUUGACUCCUCGGGGGAGUUGCAAGGUCCUAAAGGAUUGGGUGAGAUCCUCUGUCACAAUGGGCAACCCUGGAGCGGUUAUGUGGGAAAUCCCCAGGCCACCGCCGAGAUGAGAGAUUCAGCGGGGUGGUACCAUACUGGAGACGUUGGAUACUUCGAUGAUGAUCACUACCUGCACAUCGUGGAGCGCAAGAAGGAUAUGCUCAAAUACCUAGGCAUGAUGUACUAUCCCCACGAAGUGGAGGAAGUAAUCGCCCAGAUGCCAGACGUGGCAGAGGUUUGUGUUUUUGGGAUCUUUCGGGAGACGGAAGGCGAUGCCGCCGCUGCAUCUGUGGUCCUGCGAUCCGGCAGCAAGCUGGAUCCCAAGCACGUGGAGCAGUAUGUGAGGAAAAACGUAUCCGUACAGUUUAAGCAUCUCCACGGUGGCGUUCAGUUCGUUCCACAGCUGGCGAAGAGCGCCAACGGAAAGGUCAAUCGACAGGCCGUGAAGGCGGCCUACUUGAGAGAUGCUACCCAGUCCUAAGUUCAAUUUAUAAUCACAAUCAACAAUUAGUAAGCAAAACCCACGAUGAAGCAACCUUGGACUUCCUUAGCACAUUAGAAUGUUUCACCAUUGUUAUUAUUGUUAAAAAAUAUAAAAUAUUACGAGAUGAUGAGUUCAAUAAAAGUUAAUCUCCCACA